GCCCCCGCCCGCCAAAUGAGUGUGGAUGUUUGGUGGAAGAGACUCCAAUUCCCGGCGUCCUUUGCGGCAAGGGGAGGGUUGUCAGUGUGGGGACUGCGCGUGCGCGCUGACACCUCCGAGCUGUGGAGUUGGGUGAUCGGUGGAGAUAAAAUGCAUAAACUUAAAUCGUCUCAGAAGGACAAGGUGCGCCAGUUUAUGGCAUUUACCCAAGCUGGGGAAAGGACUGCAAUAUACUGUUUAACACAGAAUGACUGGAAACUAGAACUGGCAACAGACAACUACUUCCAGAACACAUCCUUGUACUGCAAAGAGUCAAUGAAAAGUACAGUAGACAAAAAGAAACUAGAACAAUUGUAUAACCGAUACAAAGAUCCACAAGAUGAAAAUAAAAUAGGAAUUGAUGGAAUCCAGUUAUUCUGCGAUGAUUUACAUUUGGAUCCAGCCAGUACCAGUGUAUUAGUCAUUGCAUGGAAGUUCCGAGCAGCUACACAAUGUGAAUUUAGUAAAAAGGAGUUUAUUGAUGGCAUGACAGAGCUUGGGUGUGACAGCACAGAAAAACUGAGGGCUCAGUUACCCCGACUUGAACAAGAGCUGAAAGAUGCACUUAAAUUUAAAGACUUUUAUCAGUUUACAUUUAAUUUUGCAAAAAAUCCUGGACAAAAGGGGUUAGAUUUGGAUAUGGCAAUUGCAUACUGGAAUUUAGUAUUGUCUGGAAAAUUCAAAUUUUUAGAUCUGUGGAAUACGUUUUUGGUGGAACAUCAUAAAAGAUCAAUCCCAAAGGAUACCUGGAACCUCCUGUUGGAUUUUGGAAAUAUGAUCGCAGAUGACAUGUCCAACUAUGAUGAAGAAGGGGCAUGGCCUGUUCUUAUAGAUGAUUUCGUGGAGUAUGCAAGACCAUUAGUGACGAGCGAAAAACGCAAAGCUCUUUAACUAUGAACUUUUGCAAAGGACUAGUGAAGCUUUUGCCAUUUCAUUUAGAUAAUGAAGACUGUUUUUCGCCAACAACUGAGAGUGUGCGUGCAGCAGUCACCUGGACACAAGGACAUGGAAAAUGCCACUGUCUGAUUUCUGCCUUAGAACAUUUUAUGGUGGACGGCUUUUGGCAAGAUGAGAAGAUCCCACAGUGGGAGUACGGGCUGUUUGUAGGAUGCUGGCUUCAUAUCUUAUAUUGGUUGUAUCCUAUAGGAUGUAGAGAUUGCAUGAUUUUAUACAUUGGAGUCGUUUCAAUAGAGGCCAUUUUAUUAAAACAAAUUCUAAGAAAAAAAAAAAAAAAUGAAAGAGCAUGCCAUUCAGUUUACAAGCCAGAAUAAACACCAGCAGUUACUGAACAGCUGUAUUAUAUUGUAUCUAUAUAAAAAGCAGUAUUUGUGUUGUAAAUUAAAUCUCUAAUGGAAUCUUA